GAGGGUUAGGGUUUUAGAAUCUUUAAAGAAUCAAUCUCACAGCAGAGAGGAAGAAGAAGAAGAUCGCAGCCAUGUUUCCAGGAAUGUUCAUGCGAAAGCCAGACAAAGCCGUGGCUCUGAAGCAGCUACGGACCCAUGUGGCUCUUUUUGGCGGCUGGGUUGUCAUUGUCCGUGCUGUUCCCUACGUCCUCUCCUAUUUCUCCGAUUCCAAAGAUGAGCUCAAGAUCGACUUCUAAGGCUCUUCGAAUUUUCAGGGUUGAAGCGGUGAGAUAGAUGCAACAUGAAGCAAUGGAAGAUAUUGUGUUUGUUUUUGCAAUCUUCUUACUCUAUGACCUGAGAUAACGAAAUCAUGAGACAUAUAGUUUAUAUAAUGGUGUACUUUUGGCAUUUGUUUUUGGUUUUUGUUCUUCUCACCAACGUUCUCCUCCAAUUUCCAGCAAAUUACAUUCGGCUAAUGCAGAUCAAAUUCUGCUCAA